AUAAAGAAGGAAUGAGGGAGGAAAAGUGAAAUAGAAGAAGUUAUGUAUUCAUUGUUCUACUAGGAAGUAACUCUACCUGGUUUUUCAUCACCAACAAUCAUUAUGCCACCCAGAGGAGAUCUUCAUCUUGAUGUCAGAUUAAACUAUCCAUUGUUAUGUCUCUCAAUUGAUAAUAUUCUCAAGGUCAUUGCUGCUUUAUUAAGUGAACAGACCAUUGUGUUCACUUCCUCCAAUUACUCAAUGCCAGCAUUAGCUAUACAAUGUUUGUUGAGUUACAUAUCUCCCUUUGAGUGGCAUCACAGUAUAGUACCGACAGUUCCUGAUAACUUCAUUGAUAUACUCGGAGCUCUUAGCAUUAACAUACUGGGCUGCCACUCCAACUGGCACGAGUCACCUGAGUUCACUAAUGUAAGGAGUAGUGGAUCUUUAUCACUUGAAAUAGCUAAUUUUGGAAAUUUAAGCAUGUAGACUAUAGUCCAUGUUUUUUUUCAAAAAUGACUACAAAAUCACU